GCUGUUUGCCGAUCUGGCAACCCUUUUCGCAGUUCGCAUUUUCACGAAACACCUCGUCGUCCGCGACAAAUUCCACUUUUCGUCGAAUAAAGGACGUGAGGAUUCAAAAUGAAACCCUUGAUGCUGCAGGGCCACUCGCGUGCCAUCACGCAAAUCAAGUACAACCGAGAGGGCGAUCUGAUUUUCUCGUCCGCCAAGGAUAGCAGCCCCAGCGUCUGGUACUCAUUGAACGGUGAGCGGCUCGGAACGUACAAUGGACACAUCGGAGCAGUCUGGUGUGUUGACGUUGAUUGGACGACCACACGGCUCAUCACCGGCGCCGGCGACAUGAAAACAUUCUUGUGGGAUGUCGAGACAGGAAAAUCACUUGGAACGAUCCCGUGUGUUUCGCCCGUUCGUACGUGCAACUUCAGCUAUUCUGGCAACCAGGCCUCCUACUCCACCGAUCGCAGUAUGCAGCAGCAGAGUGAGCUGUUCAUUAUCGAUGUACGAAACAUCGAUUCCAGCAUCGGUAGCGCAGAUCCGGUGUUGAAGCUGACGAUGGGUGAGCAGCAGAGCAAAAUCACGUCGAUGCUGUGGGGCGCUCUCGAUGAAACCGUCAUCACGGGACACGAGAACGGCUCGAUUCGUAUCUGGGAUUUGCGCGCGGUCAAGGAGCUGAACUCGGUCAAUGAUCACACGGCGAAUAUCACCGAUAUGCAGAUGUCGCACGAUGGCACUAUGUUCAUCUCCUCGUCGAAGGACACAACGGCGAAACUGUUCGAUUCCGAGUCGCUGGUAUGCUUGAAGACGUACAAAACCGAGCGACCGGUGAACUCGGCCGCAAUCAGCCCACUGUACGAGCAUGUCGCGCUCGGUGGUGGACAGGAUGCGAUGGAAGUGACGACGACCUCGACCCAGGCCGGAAAGUUCGAUUCCCGAUUCUUCCAUCUGGUGUACGAAGAGGAGUUUGCGCGCGUGAAGGGCCACUUUGGGCCGAUCAACAGCUUGGCUUUCCAUCCGGACGGCAAAAGCUUCACCACCGGCGGAGAGGAUGGUUUUGUGCGUGUCCAGGUAUUCGAUUCAUCGUACUUCGAGUUCCAGCUGGAGUAGACGGUAUCGUCGCUGCGUGUCGUCAUCUAAUCUUAGUGUGGCUGUCGUACGUGUGUGCUUCGUAUUCUGCGGACGAUAAACGGUGUGAGAAGGCGCAAGUUAAGUGCAAGUGGAACGGACGGACGGAGAACCAGUAGGCGAACAUCAUCUUCUGGGAAGUGCCGUGCACGCCACGCUGCUGGAAAUCAUGUCCGGCGGUUCCGUGUGUAGGGUAUUUUCGAAACGAAAUAAAUGUAGGA